AGGUGUGCAGGGGCAGGACACACACCACAGGGAACUGGUGGGCAGAUGCAUCCGUCGAUUAUUGAAGGAGACCAGGGGUUGGAGUACACAAGUGUGUCACCAUCCCACUUUGGCUGUCCCCUCUGCCCCAGCUUCACCACACGGAGUGCAAGAGUCAUCAAGAGGCACCUGGAAGCUCAUGUUACAAAUGCAGUGCAUUUCAUGGAAAUGAUGAUCUGCAGAUGCAAUCUCCACUGCAGAGAUGGAAGCCAUUUUCACUGCCCAUUGUGUUUAACCACAAUCAUCCGCAAAGACUCCAUAACAACACACCUCAAGGAGUGCCAAAAUAAGUCUGAAGUAUCGGUUCCACCCUCUCAACCGCCCUCACCAGAGGCCUACCCUCCUGCGGAUUUUACAACAUCUAUUGUGGCAGCUGUGAAAACGGACCACUCCUACAUUGAAACGUCCCCGAAGACCCCUGCACCUGCUCCAGAUGAGCCAGAUGUGGGUCAGUCACCGCCGGCUACUGCUUCAGAGGAGCCCAUUGCUUCAGAGCCCAUUGCUUCAGAGGAGCCCAUUGCCCCAACCCACAUUAAGUGCCCGUACUGCCCAGUUGUCCUCUUUAAGAGGAAUUUGGUUAUACAUGUUCAACGAAAACAUGAUAAAGAAAAAGACAUCACGGGACAGUCACACUUGCAAAGCACAUUGGUUGACCAUCAUAAUGAACCUGUGGGGAUCAGCUGUGCAGGAAGGAAGAGGGGUCACUGGGGGAAUCAGUCAAAGGGAAGCAGGUGUGCAGGGGCAGGACACACACCACAGGGAACUGGUGGGCAGGUGAGGUAUAGUCAGGCUAACACAACAUAAAAUAACAUAUGACCCAGACAAAACAAGAGAGGCAUAUGCACAUGUCAUCACGGCAGCAUCAUAAUCAGCUUUAAG